AUGUCGUCGGCCAAACACCGAGGGCAGCAUGAAGAGCUGGAGGAGCUGCUUGGGUCGACGACUGUGUUUGAAGAGUACCCCGAAUGGGCAGCAGCAGCAGUGGGAAGCCGUGGGCGGUGGAAGGCUCUGGUGCUCCGGCAGGCGCUGACCCAUCAAAUGGCCUACGAAUCAAGCUUGGCACCCAUGCUCACCCCACCCAUUGCUUACUAUCAAUCAUUGGUCCUGGCCUCGCUCGCCUCGCUCCUGCUCUAUCCCUACCAUCUCAUGUCGCAUCUGGUUGCUCUCCUCAACAUCACUCCCUUCUCCUACUACCGCGCCAUGCUGGAGUCGCUCAUGGCUCAUCAGCGCUCGUAUGAUUCUCUGCCCAACUUUACCGCCGCAGACGUUCUCCGGCUCACCUGCAUCGGUCGCAACCAGUACAUCGCCAUGAUGAACGUUGCCCGCGCCCGCGGUCUCCUGGCUCGCGCGCUGGGCGAGCCGGACGUUGUCCUUGCUGCCCUUGACGACGCCCGCGAGUCGUCGCUCGAUCAGCGCGAGUCGCCGCUGCCGCUGCCUGGGGCACCCGAGGCGACGGCCGCGGCGGCGCUCGUUCCGCGCGAUGCUGUGUUCAUCGCCGGCCCGCCGGCCGAGGCGCAAUACAUCCCGGGCGCCGAGUCGUCCACGCCACUGGCUAGCGGUGCAGAGGCCGGCAUCGACAACCCACAGGCCCUGUCGGAGCUGCUUCCGGGCGCACCACCGUCGAACCUGCACAUCGCGCACUGGUGGCAGAUCGAGGCCGCGCCGUACGCUGUCGACCCGCUGCUGGGCGCCGCGUUGACUCCGGAGGAGCAGGCCGUGCUGCGCGAGCUGACCACGCAAGGCCCGCGACUUGCUGGCCAUCUUCCUGCACCCACGGUUGUCUCCCUCUACCGUAAGGGCCUGGUAGUGGCGCACGUUCCGGUCUCUGCCCACGACCACAUUGUCGUGCCACCGCUCCGCGGCUUUGUCAUGAACCGGGUUCGCGGUGACCCGUUCGAGGUCCGGCUGUACGCUAUCUUUGUGGCUUCGAACGAGCGGACAACGCUCGGCGAUCUCGCCGCCAUGCUCGACACACCGCUGGAGGACAUCCUUGUGGCGGCGUCGCUCUACCUCCGACUCGGUAUCGCGGUCAAGGCCACGGUCCCGCCGCUGCUUGAGCCGUGUGAGUCAGGCUCGGGCUCGCUCUCGUCGCCGUGCCAUCCGUCGUGGCUCGACAAGCUCUCAGCUGAGGAGCUCGAAGCCGAGAUGGUGAGCGCCAAGGAGAUGACGCGACUGAAGCUGCAGCGGAUGCCGGGCAGUGAGAGCGGGGCGGGAAGUGCGGCAGCGGCCGUGGCGGAUACGGGAAGCGAGCAGCGGCAGCGGGUCGGUCUGCUCUUUGACGCCACGCUAACUGCCUUCCUCAUGAUGGGCAACUUGUCCAAGGGCCUCAAGGUCCAUGCCGUGACGCUGUUCGAGGUGGGCAAGCUGACGGAUGAGACGAUGGACUCGUUUGUGGCGGAGCUCUCGACGGCCAACGCCAUCGUAGAGGGCGAGGUGCGGACGUACUACGAGCACACGGUGACGCUGCACAAGACCUUGGUGACGCUCCGCUCGCCGCCGCUCAACUAUGCUGUCGACCUCCUCAAGUGCGAGGCCGUCAACUCGCUGCCGCCGGCCACCCGCUCACGGGUCCUCGACGCCAACUACGCCGCGCUGCUGGCCAUCGCGCCGCUCGCGCCGGACUCGCUGGCUGUCCACUCGUCGACGCCGCGCAAUUUUGGCCCGAGCUCGGCUCACUUUACCACGCCGUGGUGGCGGAUGUACCUGUACUCGGCGGUGGGCGGUGGGUCACCGGCAACAGUCAUUCCGCGCGGGGUGCGGCUUAAGGCUCUCCCGGCGCCGCUCGACGCUGCGCUCGACACCUGCGGCACGCAGUCGCACGUGUGGAUAACGCCCUGGCGCGGCGAGAGCGAGGCCUCGGUCCUCAUCAACUGUCUCCCCCUCAUCAACGCCAGACUUCGCUCAUCGCCGCUGCUGCUGCAGAUGUACGCGCCUGCGCCCGGCGCGUCAACCUCGGAGCCGGACUUUGCGCAUGUCGCUUUUCCCCUCGACGACCGCGACGGCGCGCUCGCUCAGCACCCGCUGGUCCGCCAAGUUGUGGACAAGCUUGGCCUCGAUGCGGCUGCCGGAUACGUGACCCUCAUGCGAUCGAGUAGCAGCUGUCAAGAGGAGACGCCAGCAGACAACGACAGCUGGUUCUUGUACGACGUCGUCUUUGGCAUUCCGCUCUUUGAUCCUCAGCUCAACGCCGCGGUCUGCGCUCGCCUCGAAGAGCGGGAGCUGCUCUCGCCUGAGCACGGGCCGCAGUUUUCAGCCUUUGCGGCUCGGCUCAUGGCCGACUUUCACGCAUGGAUCGGUGAGGUGUGCAACAUGGAGCCGUCCGCCGUCCCGAUCGACGACGAUGUCUUUCCCAGCGAUGUUGUGCGGCCUCCUUCGGCGCACUGGGCGCUGCGCGUCGACGAGGAGGGGCUCUGUGAGGACCUUACCACCGCUGUCCAGCUCGUUAAGCUCUUUGCCACCACACGCGAAAAGGAAGCCGUCGAUGUGGCCCUGCAGAUCAACAUGGAUCCGCGACGGGCGGCGCUGCGCGGGACGGCGACGCUGCCGCACGAGACCGGCAAGUCAGACGUCAUUGCCGUGUUUGCGCAGGGCGCGGCGGCGGCGGCGGCCAAGGAGGCAGGAGCUGAUGUGGUGGGCGCGGAGGAUCUGCUGGCUACGGUGGAGGAUGAUACGUACACCUUUACGAGAGCGCUUGCCACCCCGGACAUGCUCCCCAUGCUCGGUCGGGUGGCGCGGAAGCUCGGCCCGCGUGGCCUCAUGCCCAAUCCCAAGCGUGGAACCGUGGCUGAAGACGUCGUUCCGCUUAUCAAGCAGCUCCGCAUGCCGUCGGUUGACUACCGGCUGGAUCGGUUUGCCCUUGUCCAUGCGGCAGUCGGCCACGUCGACAUGCCCGACCAGGCCCUCGAGGAGAACAUCGCUGCCUUUGUCAAGGCCAUCUUUGACGCAAAGCCCGAGCUGAACAAGAAGGGCCGCCUCCUCGUCGCCGCGAACCUCUCCUCCACCCAUGGCCCGGGUGUGCCCAUCAAUGUCAACGCCGUCGACCCCAAUGUCUCGGAGACUUGGAAGCGCAAGAUGAUGAUGAAGUACGGCAUGUAG